CAUCAUUUACUUUUAGGAGAGGAAAACACGGAAGCUGAAUAUAACAUUGUUUCUCUUUCUCUCUCUCUAUAUAUAUAAAGAAAGAGGAAACAUGCUAAGAAGCCGGCUUUACUGUUGAAACGACAAGAGAAUUAGAUCAUGUGGUCCUCUAAAACUAUACUCUUCAUAUUUCUUGUGCCGUUGCUCGCACGAUAUGCCAAGAGCCAAGACGAUAAUUUCGGAGCUGACCCUGGUUGUAGAGAUCCUUGGACAUCUGAAUGGACACGUGACCCAAAUGACUGCACUAGAGUGCACUACUGUGUACAAGGAAAACAGAUCUGGUCGAUAAAGUGUAAUAACAGUCGAAUUUGGUCGAACGUGGGUCACGCUUGUGUGGAACCAAUGUCACAAUGGGAUGACUGUAACCAAACUCCCACAACACCGUCUAUAAAUGAUCCGCGUUGCAUUAAUCCAGAUGGAAUUAAUCCAGAUCCAGAAAAUUGCGCUCAAUUCUUAGCCUGUACCAACCGGUCCGUGGUGGCCACUAUGCAGUGUCCAGAAAGUACUUUGUUUUCUACCAGAAACAAUACUUGUGAUUUGGGAUUUUUAGUAGCGGAAGAAUGUAAGAACCGAGUCAUACCUAGCCAUGUCGUUGUCUCAACAGCCAGUCCAACAAUUGACAAACCUUGUGCAGGCACAGAAUUUGGUGACGUUCCCGAUAUCAAUAACUGCGGACGAUUUUAUAAAUGCAACCACGGUCGUGUUGUGGCCCGCAUCAAAUGUCCAGCAGGGAGUGCUUUCUCCUUGGAGAAACUUCGAUGUGAUUGGCGUGCCAGUGUUAUCUGUGGAGAACGACCCCUUUAAAUUGAGAUUUUUGCCAAACGAAACAUUCUCUCAACUUCUUCAAUUUUUUUCUUUAUAUUAUUAUAACUACUACUACUACUACUACUACUACUACUACUACUACUACUACUACUACUACUACUAAAGGGGCGACUUGUUAGAAUCAUUUGUGCAGCUUUACAUUUGAGUUCAAUUUUCGCCGAGGUUAACUCUGCCUUUCUUACUUUCGGAGUCGACAACAUAAGUACAUGUUGAGCACUGGGGUCGAUUCAGUCGACUAGUUCCCUCCCCCAAAAAUUUCAGGCCAUGUGCCUUUAGUAGAAAGGACUAUUAUUAUUAUUAUUAUUAUUAUUAUUAUUAUUAUUAUUAUUAUUAUUAUUAUUAUUAUUAUUAUUAUUAUCAAUAUCAUCAUCGUCAUGAACAGGUAAUACAGUGGUUUGGCGUAGUCAACAGUGUACAGAAGAAUGCUUUGUAGUAUUUAUUUUCUUACCUUACAGAAUUUCUAGUUGUGUUCGGAGUUCAGAUACCGUCAUUUUGCGAUACGUAAUAGAAAGAUCCAAUGAAAUUAUAUUGAAAUGUGCGCAACAAAUCUUGGAGAGUGGUCGAAGCUUUCAAUGUCUCUGAAAAUUUCUGAAUACAAUUCAAGGGUUUCUUACCGUUUCAGACUAAGUCACAUUGAAUAGUCUCUAAUAUCCCCCCGGCCAGACACCUUAUAGCGCACCAUAACGAGUUUUGUGAGAGAAAGAGAGAUAGAGUGACAGGAGGGAAAAUUAACCACAGUACUUGACUACUGCAUUAUUUUUGUGUCCCAAAUGAAUAAAGGCAAAGUAGAUCUCGGCUGUAUUUCAACUCAGAACUUAGAAUUAGGCAGAAUACAGCAAGACAUUCUAUCCGCGCUCAAGUGACUCACUACUUUACAAGUCAAGUUCUGGGGUUGAUUAUUCGGCAAUAAUCUCCCCACUAUAUGUGGCCUUGUGGGAAUGCUAGAAAUGAUUAUAAUUUUUACUCAAAGCAACGAGCUGGCAAAAACGUCAGCACGCCGGGCGAAAUGCUUAGCGGUGUUUCGUCUGACUUUACGUUUUGAGUUCAAAUCCCACCCAGGUCGACUUUGCCUUUCAUCCUUUCGGGGUCGAUAAAUUACGCUCUGUAAUCAGCUUAAUCUCUUUGUCUGUCCUUGUUUGCUCCUUGUGGGCAAUAAGGAAAUAAGAAACGAUUAUAUAUUUUUUACUAUUGUUCGUGAGGUGUCCACAAUAGCAUUGUCAAGGGCAGGCACGGGCAACCUUAUCCGAGAAGCGAGCCGCAUGAAAAAUGACUCGUCUUCAGGCGUGCAACAUUACUGAAAAAAAAAAAUAUUCAUAGCAAAUUUUAGGUGUGCCAUUCAGAAAUUUCCAGAAGUCACAGUUUGUCAUGAAUGAUCAAGGGGUUAGUGGUAAGUAUAAGAACCAAUGGGGGGCGGGGAACAAACAAAAAGAAACAGUUUUGUUGCUCUCCCUCUUUUCAGACAGGCUGGACAGAUGGCACUUUUGUACAUUGAAAGCCUAUACCGAACCAUAAUCUAUUCUGGAAGACUUUCAAUCCACAGUUUAUCGUUAAGUUCCAGAUAUCUCGAGUCUGACAGGACUUCCAAGUCAGGGCUUUACUGCUGUGUGAUAAAUUCUAUUGGGUCAAAAAUGCCAUCAGCCUGUCAGAGAUGACGAAUGAACGGCAAAACAGCUCUUCAAGUUCUUGUCAUCAACGUCUAAACAUUGCUGACACGUUGAGCUUUGUCGAACGGCUGUUGUGGCAUUGAAGUCAUAUCCAAACAUCGGUCGAUGCAUUGCAACGGUCAUUCCAAGAAGGAGCAAAGUCCUGAAAAAAGUGCUGCUCUCUAACAAAUCUAAGAAAAGAUGGAUGCAAGUGACAAAAUAAUGGUUUCCAGAGAGCCAAUCCUUGAAUUCUAUUUGGGAAUUAUAACCAAGAGAGAGGAAGCAACAGCUGGAAGUGUAAGUUUAUCAGAGAUUUUGCAAAUGACUUUAUAUUUCAUAGGUGGUGGUUUCUGCUCUGUUAUAUUUGUAUAUUUGUAUAUUGUGAACUUAAUUUUUAAUCUACUUUCACACAUUUUUACCUUACGUGCUGUAUUUCUCACUUCCCCAACCAACACAUUUUGUAAUUCUUCUGGUGUAAAUGUUCUGUAUUUCGUGGUGGGUCCCAUGUGGCCAAUAAAGGAAGCAUUAUUAUUAUUAUUA